GGCAUCAUAAGUGAGAAAGUGAGAACCCAUAGGGAAGAAACUCGUGCAGUAACGUACAAAGUGGUUUAUUCUUGACUUCCAUCUUCGUUUGUCUCUUCCCUUAACUCUUGCUUGCUACACGUUUCUUUCUUUAAUCUACAGCUCCCUCCUCAUAUCAUAUUCCCAAUUAUUGAUUGCAACACCUCCAUUUUCAGAACUUCCUCCACUUUUCACAGAUCAACCAUGCACUCUUAAUACUAGUCACCACGCCUGCGGAUUCCUAUCUAGUGAUAUCUCUGAAGAGUAUGAUGGAGCACAAACAACUAAAUUUCAAUCAACCAAUUCUAUCAGUUAGGAGAUACUCUUCAACUACUACACCAACUUCAGAGAACACUGAUAAAUGCAAAAUUGAUACCUCCUUCCCUAGUUUACCCUCUCUUCCUUAUUAUAGAUCAGAACUUAAAACAGGACCAUUAUCGAAUCCAGGGACUGUGCCUUUCAUAUGGGAGAGAAGCCCAGGGAGACCCAAGGAUGAAGACAAUCCUCACUUUAAGAAUCAUUCUCUUGCCCCCAAGCUCCCACCUGGCUGGACCUUGAAACCGCAAGCUCCCUCUAAACUUAACGAAGAUAUUGAUGUCACUGAUCCUCAAUUAAUUUCACUUUCUGAAGAUAAGUUUGAGAAAUCUAAAGAUAAUGAAGGGAAAGACAAUUCUGAUUCUGUUUCUAAUUCUGAUUCAAAUGUUGUCCAUGAUGAGGCUUACUUAGAUGCUCUUGAUACACUUUCAAGGACAGAAUCAUACUUCUUGAACUGUAGUAUGAGUGGACUGGAUGGUACCAAGGAAAAAACUGCUAGAGCUUUUUCUGCAGAUCCUCAGACACGAGAUUUCAUGAUGGGUCGGUUUCUUCCAGCUGCUAAGGCAAUGGCUGCUGAAAUUCCUCAAUCAUCCAAGAAGCAAAAUUUUCCACGAAAGGAGAAUGAGGUGGGAAGCGGGUAUAAGAAGCCACCAGUAGUUCGUCCCAAGUCUACUAAUAUACCAACAACUUACAUGGAGGAGUAUGGAAAGGAAGUAGAAAGCGAAGAUGAUUACUAUGAUGAACCUGGAAAUCUGUCAAACAAGGCUUGUGGCUUGUUACCUAGAUUCUGCCUAAAAGGUUCCUUUUGUCUUUUGAAUCCAGUGCCUGGUAUGAGUAUGAGGACACGGGUACCUAUGUCUCCUAUCAGCAGUGUGCGGACACGAUCCUCAUCAACUGGUUUAUGCAGCAAAUCUGAGAAUCAGCCUACUGAUCAGGUUUCAACUUAUGAACAAAAACGGGCUGGUGGAUUUGGAGGUACCGUGCAACAUGAAUCUCAUAUCAAAUUGGAUGGGUCACCUCAGCCUAGUUUUUCAGAUUCGGAAGAGUUUCAUGCUAUUCCUGGAGCCAUGAACAACGAGUUUCAUGAUUUUAAUUCAGGGGAGAAGAGGCUUAGCAGUUUACAGGAAUUGUUUUCUGACCCUAGCAGCAACACUAGUGAGGGAACUGGCAUCACAAAUCUUACGGCUGAGAAGACUGUAUAUGUGGACUCUGUUCAUAAACUGGCCCCCACAAAAUCAAUAUCAUGUUCUUCAGAUGAAGAGAUUCUUCCAAGGUCAUUGAAAGAAGACGACAUUCACUCACUUAAAGAUCGUGAGGAGAAUUCAGACAGUAACGACAAGAAAUCUACAGAUCAACGACAAAGCUUAUUAAGAUCUGCUGACACUCUUGUGUUAUCCUCUCCUUGCAGUUCAAACCAGAGAGUGAAUGUGGAUUACAGUCACUGUUAUCCUCAAAGAUCUACUUUUUCAACAAACACAAAAACACAACCUGCCAUAUCAGAGGCAAAAAAUAUGUCCCGAUUCAAACCAGGAUUUCCCCUUCCCCCUCCAUUGCCUAAGUCUCCAUCUGAGUCUUGGCUUUGCCAAACAUUGUCUGCCAUAUCAAAGAGCUCAUUAACAUGGAAAGACCACAUUGCCAGCCAAACUGCUUUGCAAUCCAUGGAAUCUAAGGUUCCGUCAGUUGAUCCCAAGUGGGAGACACUUGUCAAAACAAAUAAAAUACAGCAUCAGUAUUAGUGAUUUCUGGGGAACAAGUAACUCAUGGAUCAUCAGAAGCCCUGUUCUCAAGACCCACCACCUUCAGGUCAGGCAAUGGGGCUUUGUUUGGCUUCUUUGUUGUACAUUUUCCUUUGCACAAAGUAUACCCAAAAACAGAAUCUGAAAAUACAACAUUAUUCUUGCAAUUUCCUUCCUGCAAUAAAACGAUGUUUUUUCUUCUUGUAAAUGUUAUGAUUUAUUUGAGCUUCA